AGAGCUUGGCUACGGACCAACUGAGCUGAUGCUUGGUUCAAUCUAACAAGCUUGAAGUUGGCUAUUUCCCAUGUCUCGCACCACCCUACCACUCAAAAAUCGCAAUAUACACCAGUAGAGUGAGGCCAGAAGAUGGCUAAUGACCCACAUGCAUAUCCCCGCUUGCAAGCUCACGGCACCAACGAUGACAGAAUCCAGGGCGAUGGUUAAUCGUUGACCGUAUCCGAUAAACUUUCCCCCCGGGACCGUGAUAGUAGCCAAAGCCUGAGAAUGUUAUCAAUCUUCCGUGCGAACGCGGUACAACGAGACGACACAUACGGUGUUGUGUGUCCUGCAUAGAGGGAAGGAUGCGCGCACCUACUACCAAUACUUUGGAUACAAUCAUCAUAUUUCCUGUUCCUCGGAAUUGUGGGACUGCCUUUUGUUCAAGCGCUCCUCGAAGUCCCACAAUAGUGGGAAGCUUUUUUGUGGUAUCAGGUUUCAGACGGGCUUGUUCACCCAUUCCUAAGGGAACACCAGCUUUUGUCCAAUGAAUUUGCGGACAGCAUUCACUGUCGCGUAACCUACUGACUGUCCGCAGCCUGUCAAACUUCACGCUUGUUUGCCGUCCAGAUAUUGCAAAGCUGCAGGCACUAGGAGUACCGUUCCUAGAGAACGCGCCACUUCUCAGGGAAACCAGCAUGGCGGCUUCUGCAAUGUGAAGUUCCUGCGAGCCAUUCCUAUCCGGCUACAUUCGCGGUUCCCCGCUUUGGAUAGUCCCUCCCUCGUGGAACCAUCGGGACAUAUCUCCAUGUAUCGGCUUCCUAUGCCGUGGUAGGUACCUGCGCUGCAUAAGUAGCGCGUACUAGUAAAUGCUCCACGGACGCACAUCCUCCCCCGACUUUCGCCAAGAGGGCCACAUAUAGCCUAGCCUUGCUCACUCGGAUAUCUAUCCUCACUCAUCCUGUCAUGUCUACAGUAACUAGCCCAACGGGUGCUGCCCCUGCGUACGACGAUGCUGAGCGUGGUACGGUUGAAAUCUCUCGCCCUGCCCCAGUCAGCUACCCGCAAGAGAAGAAGGAAAAUACUUUUGCCGAUGAUGAGAAGAAGGCAAUGACUGUUACUGCUCUCGAAGUUCCUGCAACGAAGGAGAAGGCUUCCCUCACUGCGGCACCCAAGGCACCCGCGAAGAAACCCAAGAAGAAGACAUCGAAGUGGAUUUUGUGGCAAAUAUGGUUCAACACAUACCGGAAACUUUUCACGAUAUGUUUCUCGCUCAACAUGAUCGGUCUUGGUCUCGCAGCGUCGGGACACUGGCCAUACGCUCUCAAGUACAAUGGUGCAAUGGCAGUUGCAAACUUCAACUUCGCUAUCCUCAUGCGAAACGAGAUCUUCGGACGUCUUCUCUACUUGUUCGUCAACACCUGUUUUGCGAAAUGGGCACCUCUUAAGUUCCGCUUAGGUUGCACCUCCGUCCUCCAGCACCUCGGCGGUAUCCACUCUGGCUGUGCGACAUCCGGUGUUGCUUGGCUGAUCCUCAAAGUUGUCAGAACGUACCAGAACCGUACCAAUGAACACGUCUCGAUUUUGGUCGUCGGUCUUCUCACGAACCUUGCCGUGUUCAUUACUGCUUGUGCGGCUAUUCCUUGGGUCCGAAACACCCACCACAACGUAUUCGAGCGUCACCAUCGGUUCGUCGGUUGGACCGGUCUCUUCCUCACCUGGGCAUUCACUAUCAUGGGUGACAUCUGGGACACGGACACUCAAACAUGGAACCUGGAUGGUGUCCAUCUCGUCCGUCAACAAGAUUUCUGGUAUGUCAUGGGUAUGACGCUCUUCAUCGCCUUACCAUGGAUCUGCACUCGUGAGGUCCCAGUUGACAUUGAGUUGCCGUCGCCCAAGGUCGCCAUUGUUCGCUUCCGUCGCGGAAUGCAGCAAAGCUUGUUGGGCCGUAUCAGCCGACACGCAGUCAAGGAAUACCAUGCCUUUGGUAUUAUCUCAGAGGGCACUCAUGCGAAGUACCACUAUAUGAUUUGCGGUGUGCAAGGCGACUUUACUCGUAGCCUUGUCAAUGACCCGCCAAGGACGCUCUGGACACGAGAGCUUAAGUUUGCUGGUGUCUCCAACACCUCAACUUUGUACAAGCGUGGCAUUCGUAUCUGCACGGGUACUGGAAUCGGUGCUGCACUUUCAACGUGCAUCCAGUCGCCUUACUGGUACUUGAUUUGGAUUGGAUCCGACCAAGAGAAGACCUUCGGCCCUACCAUUAGCGGGCUCAUCCACCGCUAUAUCGAGCCUGAGCGCCUUACGCUUUGGGACAGUAAGGUCCGAGGAGGCAGGCCAGACACCAUGAAGCUCUUGAGGGAAGUCUACCACACGUGGAAUGCAGAAGUCGUAUUCAUCACUUCGAACUAUAUCGGUAACUCUGAAAUGAUGGAAGGCUGCAAAGAGGCCGGCAUCCCUUGCUUCGGUACACUUUGGGAUUUCUAAAUCCUCAAAGUCGUUCUUUACUUAUGGGUGGCAUCGAGUUUACAAUAUGCGCCGGAUUUUGCUUCAUGGAAGUAUACACAAUCUUAGUCUUCCACAUAUUUUUUGUGCCUUGGGGCCAUAGCAUACGGACAAGUCUGUGAAUGCAUAACGUUGCUCAUAGAUCGCAAUAUCUUCUAUUUAGAAUGCACUAGAAUAGUGUCUAUUUUUAUAACAUAUCACAUCUUACGGGUGCGAUGUCGA